UUUCACUAGCGACAUAUCACACCGUGAUCCGGCUUUUGUUUAUAAACUUCUGAAAAAUCUGCCCAGCCAUCUUCCUUUUCUCUUUCUUUCUUUCUUUCUUUUCAACCUCCACCUCCACCUUAAUCUAAAUUCUCAAUCUCAAUCUCACCUCACCUUCGUUUAUCAAUCCACCCAUAGCAAAAAAAAGAAAACGCAAACUCAACAUCCUUCACACACUCCCACAUCUCAAAAACAUCCUAAUCAAUAUGUCCAUCACUCAAAAAUUCCAAACCAUGUUCGCGCUUCUCUUCCUCUUCCUCGCGUUCAUGGUCUCCGUCAGCGCACACGACGAGAGCCUCGAUCAAGUUGUUCGUGAUAUCGCAUGGGCAACGGAAUCAACCACUUGUAGUAAGUCCUUCAUUAUCCUCGAGCUCAACAUCACGAGUCAAUAAUAAAAUUAAAAAGAAAACUAACAAGCCCGUCUAUCCUAGCCGAUGCCAAAACCGAAACUCUCGUUCCUACUGUUCUACCCGCCACUUCUGCUUCUGCUUCUGCUUCAUAUUCACAUGAAACAUUAGUCCCCAUCACUCUUCCAUCCACCACCUCCUCUACCCUCGUAUCCAUCUCCACUUCCACCUCAUCUCCCACAACCUCAAUCCCAACUUCACCACUCCUCCCCCUCACCACAGCAAUCAGCCUAACCACCACACAAACCAGCACCCAAACCACCAGUUCCCUCGUCAUCCUCUCUCCACUCCCCAGCUCCAGUUCCCCCACCGCAGUCUCCAGCUACGUCUCUGCAUCAAGCGAGCAAUCCGGCACAUACACCAAUAGCACCAAUAGCAUCCCCUAUACAAUUCCCUCUACAAUCCUCACCACCACAACUUCUCCACUAACCACUACAUCCAAGGCGUCCGCUACGAGCUCCACUCCCGCUAGCAGCACCAGCGCCAGCAGUACAGCCGUGCAAACCGGUGGAGCAAUGGAUGCUAAUGUCCUUUCGGGUGGAUUAAUGGUUGCUGCAUUUGCAGCUGCGUAUUUUCUUUAAUUAAAGACCUCACUAAAAGGAAAGGCGCUACUCUGCACGCUGCACCUUGUAAAUUGGGAGGAUAUCCAUUCAAAGCUUUUUUCUUUUCUUUUACCUACCUACAUUUGUAGUAAGACUUCCGGGGCGGUGGAGAAGGAAUUAAUACCAAUCGAAAGCAACAGCAACAAGUAGCCGGGAAGUCAUAAAAUCAAAAAUACAAAUCAGUAUUGCGUUAGGGA